CUGGUCCGAGGGAACUUAUUUAGAAAGACUAUAUAAAUACGAAUCUCGGUCAGAUCCCUUCGUCUUCUGUUCCUCCUAUUCUUCCCGCUAGGGCUUCCACGAUUCUAGGGUUUGCUCUUGGGUUGGUGAUCCAGUAGGAAGAAUGGUCAGGGGAUCUCUCGGAAAGUUCGUAUCCCGGUCCCUCUCGCUCGCCGGCAGAUGGCAGCAGCAACAGCUGCGGCGCCUCAACGUCCACGAAUACCAGGGUGCUGAAUUGAUGUCAAAAUAUGGAAUAAAUGUACCAAGGGGAGUUGCUGUUGGGUCUGUUGAGGAGGUGAAGAAGGCCAUCAAAGAUGUUUUCCCUAACGAAAAGGAGGCGGUAGUGAAAAGCCAAAUUCUUGCUGGUGGCCGAGGCUUGGGAACCUUCAAGAGUGGACUUAAGGGUGGAGUGCAUAUUGUUAAGGCUGAAGAGGUGGAAGAUAUGGCUGGUAAAAUGCUCGGCCAGAUUCUGGUUACCAAACAAACUGGCCCCCAAGGAAAGAUUGUGAGCAAGGUCUACUUGUGUGAGAAGCUCUCACUUGUGAAUGAGAUGUACUUCGCCAUCACCCUUGACCGUACAACAGCUGGUCCACUCAUCAUAGCUUGUAGAAAGGGUGGAACUAGUAUCGAAGAUCUUGCAGAAAAGUUUCCUGACAUGAUCAUCAAGGUUCCGGUUGAUGUUUUCAAGGGAAUCACAGAUGAAGAUGCUGCUAAAGUUGUCGAUGGUUUAGCACCUAAGGUAGCAGACAGAAAUGCUUGCAUAGAACAAGUGAAGAAGCUUUACAAACUCUUUUGUGAAUGUGAUUGCACAUUGUUGGAGAUAAAUCCAAUUGCCGAGACAUCUGAUAACCAGCUGGUAGCAGCUGAUGCGAAGUUGAACUUUGACGAUAAUGCUGCUUUCCGUCAGAAAGAGAUAUUUGCUCUCCGUGAUGCAUCCCAGGAAGAUCCUAGAGAGGUUGCUGCUGCCAAAGCAGAUUUGAACUAUAUUGGAUUGGAUGGAGAAAUUGGAUGUAUGGUUAAUGGUGCGGGACUGGCUAUGGCUACAAUGGAUAUAAUAAAAUUGCAUGGUGGUACUCCUGCCAAUUUUCUUGAUGUUGGUGGAAAUGCAUCAGAAGGCCAGGUGGUGGAAGCAUUCAAAAUAUUAACAUCAGAUGACAAAGUGAAGGCGAUUUUGGUCAACAUAUUUGGUGGAAUCAUGAAAUGUGAUGUGAUAGCAAGUGGAAUUGUUAAUGCAGCCAAACAGGUUUCGCUGAAAGUACCUGUGGUUGUUCGUUUGGAAGGCACCAACGUUGAUCAGGGGAAGAGAAUUCUCAAGGAGAGUGGGAUGACCUUGAUCACGGCAGAAGAUUUGGAUGAUGCUGCAGAGAAAGCUGUACAAGCCGCUUCAAGCUAAGAAUUAUUAAGACCAAUAUAAUUUCUGGUUUUUUGAUAAAAAAAGAAACCCGGUGCUCUGAUGAUUAGGUAGGAGCACUCACUACAUUUUUGGGAAAUGUUCUGUCGAGAAUUUUCACGGGUCGUCUCGAUGCCGACUUUUUGAAAUAAAGUGGUUUGGUUCUAGGAAUUUUCAAAGCUGACCGAUAGGGGAGUUCUUGGGGGCCAUGGCUAGCUCAGUAUGUUGUGUCUUUUCAACGUUAUCGGUCAUGCAACCUCUAUUCUUGUCCAAAUAAUUAUUUUUUCUUCAAUUAAAGAAAUGAGGUGAAAGACAUUGGCACAA